UCUGUUCCCAUUUCUACAAGGAGGUAGUGACUUCAGCGUGCAUAAGACUCCGUGGCUUACGUUCUCACGCACUAGGUUUGUCGACGCGAUAGUCGUUCCGCAUCGGCGUACGCUUGAGUCAAUCCUUCCGCAGCGGCGGAAGCAGGGCGUCUUCCAAUUCUAGCAGCGCAAAGGCCGCUCCGCAGCAAGCUCCGAACCGAACCGAGCGUCUUAGCGGUCAAAACGUAGCAGUCGGAGCGAUCCGACGAAAGAGCGUGCGAUUUUGAGUGGAGGGUGCUCGCCACCAUGGGCGGAAAAUGGGGCGCGAUCUCGAAGCUGCACGCGUUCCCCAAGGCGGAGGACCACCUGACGCAGAAGACGCUAUCUGGAGCCAUAGUCACUCUCCUGGGCGUGGCCAUAAUGGUGGUGCUGUUCGCUCACGAGCUGUCGUUUGUUCUCACGCCCGAGGUGCACGAGGAGAUGGCAGUGGACAAGACCCCCAGGGGCGAGAAGCUGGACGUGUACCUCAACAUCUCCUUCCCCGCGCUGCCUUGCAAUGUGAUCAGUCUAGAUGCUCUUGACAUGUCUGGCAACCAUGAGGUGGACAUCUCAGCAAACAUGUACAAGAUUCGCCUGGACCGCCGCGGCAUGGUGGCGGACUCGCGGUGGCUCAAGGACCCCACGGGGGCAUGGCGGCAGCACAAGGGCAAGAAGCGGAAAGGGCACUCGCAUGGCAAGAACCCGACACCGCACCACGGGCACGGGCACGCGCACGGGUACGGGCAGGCACAUGUUGCAGCAGGGCAGAAGGGCAAAGGCGGGCAGGAGGGGCAGGAGAAGGACGAGGAGGAUGAGGACGAUGAGGGCGAGGAGGUGGUGGGGCUCGAGCAGACGGUGCUCGACGUGCAGAAGGCCAUGGCGGCAGGGGAGGGGUGCCAGCUGUACGGCCACCUGGCAGUGGAGAGGGUGGCGGGCAACUUCCAUGUGUCGGUGCACGGGCAGAGCUACAUGGUGCUGCAGCAGGUAUUCUCCACAGUGGGCGAUGUCAACGUGAGCCACAUCAUCCACUCUCUCGGUUUUGGGGUGCCCUAUCCCGGCCGCGUCAACCCACUGGACGGUUUUGUCCGCAUCCUGCCACCCCUGAAAGAGGGGGAGGACCCCGCACGCUCCAGUGGAACUUUCAAGUACUUUUUAAAGGUGGUGCCCACUCGCUUCCACUUCUGGCACGGCGGGUCCGUGAAGACCAACCAGUACUCCAUCAGCGAGUACUUCACGCCCUCGUCCCCGCAGUCCAACGCUCUCCCAGCCGUUUAUUUCCUGUACGACCUGUCGCCCAUAGCAGUGAGCAUCACGGAGUCUCACCGCAGCUUCUUCCACUUCCUCACUCGCCUCUGCGCCGUGCUGGGAGGCACAUUCGCCCUCACAGGCAUGCUGGAUCGCUGGGUGUACAGCCUGCUGCAGCUCGUCAACCGCCCCCGCCAUCCCUAUGUGAAAACAGCUCAUCGGCACUAGCUGUGGUAACCAGUGAAGGUGUAACCCACAGAUGUGUAACCAGACCGGAAGAUGUGCGUAUACUAAUCUUGUCAACCAGCCAAAAUGUGGCUUCUGUCAUGCACGUGGAGGUCCCCUGUGUUGGAAACAAAGAAUUGGAGAACCCGUUUCUGUAGUAUCGAGACUUCAGCGAUACUGUGGAGUGGUCAACAACGAGUACGGCGAGUGAACGGAGGUUACGCGCGGCAGUUGUGCGUGUAAUCAAAGCGCGUGGCGGUUACCGUAAUCACCCGGAUAGACGCCCCUAGGGGCGUUUACAGGACUGGUUUGAAAACGUGGGGGGGCGUUUAAUUGAAUAAAAGUUAUACGCCCAUGGGCGUUUAAAAAGGUAUAUAGGCAAAUUGAGAUGUCUACAUCAGAUUGUAGCUUUUGCUUUGUUCAAUGCAAUGUGAUCACUUCUGA